AUGCGGCUCCAACUCCUCAUCCAGCGCAACUCGCUCCCACCAGUCACCAUCAUUCACACCACAGGCACCGGCCCCUCCUCACAUACGAAGUCCCGCACCGCUACAAUCGCCGACCUCCUCGCUGACGUUAAUGAUAUCGUUCCCCUAGAGUCUGCGGACGGCGAAUGGGGUCUGGAGGACUAUGUCGUCGAAGUUGCGGCCACUGCGGACCAACACUUGACAUACGAGUGCUUGCAUUAUCAACCCUUGCACAGUGUGUUGAGAGAAGAUGAUGAGGUGGUGAUCAGGGCGCUGAGCAGUGAAGAUCUGAGGGUCAGGAGGCUAGGUGGGCGCCAUCAGAUUACGGGUGAUGGCAGACAUCUGAUUGAUGGUGUCGCAUUCGGCAGACAGUGGCUGAGGAAGGCCGAUAGACCGGGUAUUGUCAUUCCACCCAGGAAGAGAAGGAGAAUUCUACUCGACGAGCAUACCGAUGCCGCGAACGAAGAAGACCCUAAGCGCAUUCUCUCUGCCGCUGAUGAGGAGGAGGACAAUCCCAUGCAUGCUUUGGUGCUAUUUGCGAACCAAGAAGAAGAGGACGAUGACGAUGACGACGACGACUAUGUGGAUGAAGGCGAUGCUGAUAUCGACGAGCCACAAUCGCAAGUCACCAUCAGAGAAGAUUUUGACGACGCAGAUGCCGACUCAGAAGACGAGGACGAGCCAGAUGGGGAUGAUGCAGACGAGCCUCUCUCCUCAGAGCUGAAGCACCUGCUCGAAGAUGCUGCCGAGAUUGAGCAAGCUGCCAACAUGGCCAUCGCAUUGCAAGUCAUUGACAAAAAGCUAAAGAGAAAACGAGACAUCAGAGACGAUGGUGAAGAGCACGAACAUGAGACAUUUGAAGGGUUCUCCAGUCCCAUACACCGUUCACCUGCUACGGGUAGUGGCGCUGAGCUGGAGGACGGCGCAGACGAAAGUUCGGACAGCAUGAUGAAAGAGAUCGCAGAUCGACAGGCCGAAAGACGUGCCAGGAACGUUGUUGAAGAUGACUCUGACGACUCUGAUGAUUCCGAUGUAACUUCAAGCUCGGAUGUCACAUCUUCUGACUCUGAUGCUGAUACCACGAUUGAAGCGAUUGCCAUAAAGCAAGCCAAACAGCGAGCUUUGAACCUCAUCAGAGAUGAGGAUGAUGACGAUGAAGACGACACGUCGUCAAGCUCUGCUCCAGAGAAAGAUGAGAGCGAUGAUGAUAUCUCCUCGACCUCGGAAUCCGAGUCUACAUCUGGGGAAGACAGCUCGUCAGAAUCUGAAAUCACGUCUGACUCCGAGUCAGAUAUUGAAGAGACGAAGUCAGAGAAGGCCUCCGUAUCCAAGGCAGCUCGACCCAUAGGGGCUCUCCCAACAAGCACGGCUCCAGGACAGCGGGCAGUGUCAUCGGUCGGGGUUCCUUUUCAGGGAACAAAUAAGACGCACUAUAACAACAAGAGGGUGAAAAGAAGGAAGCGCCUAACCGAGCUUAAGAAGCAGGGGUUGCUACCUGAAAAUGCAGGCUUUGAGGAGCUAGCGAAGUACGAGAUUGCGCAACAACAGGCGACGGCGGCAGAACAGUCAAUGGUCGUCGAGGAACAAGUUGAGGGCCCAGCACAAGAUGACAUGCAAAACGUGGAAAACGGCGAAGAAGCAAUUGCCCCUCCGGCCGUGAAGGAGAUCAAGAAGGACCAUAUGAAGCCUUCAAAUGACGCCGAGUCUACCACAACCAGCGCUGCUCCUGUCGAUCCUAGACCUACCGAGCUCAAACCACUCGGGACCUCCGAGAUUGAACCCACAGUGGCUGUGGGAUUGGCAGCUCCAAAGAGAGCCAGACUCGAUGUGGCCAGUACCCGUCGCCUGGUUUUUGGAUCUCUUGGUUUGAGAGCACCGAAGAACGCCGAAGAGGUGCGUGCACUGAGGGAGAAGCUGUCACAAAACCGUCGACAGCCAAUACUGUACAAGGCCCCUGGUGACAGCAGUGCUCUGGAGUCUCCCAAGGUCCCGCCCGCGGUCAAAAACGAUGACGAUCUCUGGAAGAACAAGCUGAUUGUGGCUGCGGUUGAAUGUGAAGAGCCCGGAGUUUCCUUGCCGCCGCCACCAUUUCCCUUUGAACAGGGCUGGGCACGGCCGGGAAAGAACAAGCGGAAACUACGCGAUCAAAGCCAGUAUUAUCAGAGCGGAAGUAAGCGGUCAUGCGAGAGAGCCUCUGCGCCUGAUGUUUCAACCCUGAGCUACGACGAGGUCUCGGAUCACGUUUCCGCUAACCAUGCCGUCCCGACUGUCGAUGGAAGUUCCGGUACCGUGCCAGCUCAGGAGGAUCUGGACGAGCUCCCAGAGCUUCAGCAGGCCAUGGUCCUUCCCGGAGCCACUAUCGCUUAUAAAGAAUUGCACGUCGAUGCAUCGACCAACUAUCAACCAGAAGUGUCUCAAUACAGGGUUGGCCAAGUGUCGCAAGUGGAUGAAGACGGCACUGUGCACCUUCAGCUGGAGAAGAGCUCACUGGCCACAAAUGUGAAAGGCAAAAUCGAUCCACAGACAGGUCAAAGAGUCUACGGCAAGUUCGAGCUGGUGGGUGAAGAUCCAGAUGAAGGGGCAGACGAUGGUGUUCGCGAGAUUUCGAUCUCGGACAUGAUUUCUGCGAAACUGGUCAAACCCUCUGUGAUACAAGUUCCCGACAGCAACCAUGUUAGUGACACAAAGAGUGGCGAAGUACCCGGACUGUCAAGCAACGACGAAUUUGCUGCCAUCCCGGAAUCAGCGGAACAAGAUAUCCAGGGAAAUGAUGCAGCAGGCAAGCCCAGUGCAGCCGCACCGAUGGUCGAGACCCCUCGCAAACAAGAGAUCAACGGGAUAAUCAAAGCUGCCGGGUUCAACUCAGCUCUAGAUGCGGAAUUAAUGCAGCCCAUUCGCGACCCUACUACCGGGGAUGCCGAUGAAGCAAUGGCAAUGACUCAGACGCAACAACAAUAUCCUCACAGAUUUCGUCCCGGAUCACCUGGUGCCGAUUUGUCUUUGCCGGGUAUGAAGACUUCGUCAGACGCAGACACCAGAGCAGAUCACGCUGACGGCCCUGGUGAUGGUGACACCACAGGGAGUUUCCAGUUUCCUUUACCGUCGUCACCAUACAUGCCGACCCAGGAAACUGUUGAAUAUCCCCAUUUAUCUCAAAUGCAAAUUGAUUCGUCGGAUCCUACGAACACCACCAAUAGCACCGCACAUCAGGAUGCACAAAAGUACUCACCAGCUCCGGCUCUUGACCUAUCCUCGACUGCGUCUGACUCGCAGAAAGCUGGGAAGAAAAGUGAACUAGACGCCGAGCACUUCGAAGAUGAAAACCCGCGCCUUUCAGAGGACGUGCCUAACUCGCUCAGGUCCGAGGUACCGGAGUCUCAAUCCCCCAAGACCUCGAUGAUUUCUCAAAACACUGAGGCAGACGACGAAGAGAAUGCAGACAGAAGUUCUUUUUUAGGAGGACCUGGGUACGAUGGUCAAGACUCAUCGUACCAUGAUGACAGUGAACUACCUUCUUUCAAUGAGCUUCCUCCACCGGGCCAGAGAAGACGCAGGCGGACCCGAAAAAUGCAUCCUCCGCCAUCCAGGAGGUCUCCUCGACAUGCCGUGAAAAAGACACGAACGAGCCUGGCCCCGUCAAGCAGCCCUGAAAUCUCGGCUUCAAGUCAGCUUGACAUCAAGCAGUCGCAAAGCCAGAGAAAGCCAAGACUGUCUGAGAUUCCUUCCCAAUCAUCCGUGGUGGACCUGACUCUCUCGGACGAUGGUGAUAGUGAUUCAACGUACGGCCAGAAGCAAAUCGAAGUCGAGGUCAAAAGUCAGGAUCGGAGCACCAGUGCGAGAGGUGACAAGAAGGAUAAGGGGAUCGGGAAACGAAGAUUGCUCACAACGAAGAAGGCCAGUGAAUAUUACUGA